CCUGUUCUUAGCCAAAGGGGAGACUUUAUAUUCCCAGGCCACUCGCUGCGUGUCCGAGAGUCAACUCUCGUCUAUGGAGGUUUCAUAGAUUCCACUCUUUCCCAACACUAUGGACUCCGGCGCAACAACGGCAGAUUGCCCGUCUCUCCCAUGGCGGGCCAUGUCCAACAUCACUAUGUGGGGGGUGGCCGGGCUGUGUCGCGGAUUCUUGUCGGCAUUGAGUAGUGCGGAGGUUCAUGGUGGUGAGGCCUUCACGGCUUUGCUGGACUCCAGGCAGGACCCGUCGCAAAGGACAAAGGGUUUGAUUACAGUCUCGAACCACAUCAGCGUGAUGGACGAUCCGUUAGUCUGGGGAAUACUUCCCACGCGAUUUUGGAACAAGCGAUGGUCAUUCGGCAGUCAUGAUAUCUGCUUUCAGGGCAGGCCGCUCUCUCUCUUCUUUGCCUUGGGACAGGUCCUCCCGACACACCGUCUGGCGCAUUCCCAGUUCGGCGGUCUAGGCCAACCUGCGAUCACACAGGCGAUUCGACUAUUGUCCAAGGGCCCCUUCCCGGUCGACCAUCACCGUGCCCCGGCCGAGCUCCAGUAUUUUAGCCGUCACAACGUUUGCAUCGAUCCAUUCUCCGACCUCUCUAUCGCAUAUACCACUCAUGGCGAUGAUGCGCAUAUGGCUCCUUCCGCGUUCUCAUGCAACUCACACUCGUGGGUUCACAUCUUUCCCGAGGGCAAGAUCCACCAGGCACCACGUAAGACCAUGCGCUACUUCAAGUGGGGCAUUGCGCGACUCAUUCUCGAGGCGAACGAGUGCCCGGACGUGGUCCCUAUGUGGAUCGAGGGCUUUGACGAUAUCAUGCACGAGAGUCGAGAGUUCCCUCGAUUCCUCCCUCGUCCUGGCAAGAAGGUCAGCGUCACAUUCGGAUCCAAGGUGGACUCCGAGGUGGUCUUUGGGGAGAUGCGAAACCGCUGGCAGAAGCUGAGGGCCAAGGUCGAGAAGAAGGAUGCUGAAUCCCGAGAUCUGCCUUUUGGCGUCUUGAGUGACGAACUGCUGAACAACAAAGAGGCAGUGGAGCUGCGCAAAGAAGUCACCAUGAAGAUCAGGAAUCUUGUUCUUGAUGUACGACGGUCCCGAGGCCUUCCCGAGGAAGACCCGAAGGAAGGUCUCGUCGAGACGUGGCUUGAGGAAGGCCCUCAGCGAGAGGGCCAUAUGAAGGACGAUUCUUGGGUUCGGGAUAUCUGAGCCCGAUUGUACAAUUAUUAUGUGUAAAUAGCGUGUAUAGAUUUCAUGAUAGAGC